GCCAUCUCCAGUCGCAAAUCCAGCCGAUGGAGGACGGCGCCGGAAUGCCCCGCCGCCGUAGCCCACCCCUGCAUCCCCAGAUCCAGGUGAGAGACGAGGGAGCUGGAGUGGACGGCCGCCGCAACCCGCGCCUCCAUCCUCAAAUCCAGGCGAGUGAUGAGGGCAGCGGAAUGGCCCACCACAGCAGCCUGCGUCUUCAUCCCCAAAUCCACGCGAGCGAGGAUGGCGCCCGAUCGACCCGCACCUCGCCGGUGGAGUCUGCAUCCCUGCCGGACGACGACGAUAUGCUGCGGGAGAUCCUCCUCCGUCUUCCCCCGCAGCCGUCCUCCCUACCCCGCGCCUCCGCGGUCUGCAAGCGUUGGCGGGGAAUCGUCACCGGCCCCAAGUUCCACCGCCAGUUCCGCGCUCACCACGGGAAGCCCCCACUUGUCGGCCUAUUCCACUUCGGCAACCAGGGGAUCGUGUUCAAACCCAUCCUGGACCCUCCUGACUGCAUCCCUUCCCAGCGAUUCCACCUUGGAUUCCAGACCUGGCAUUACAAUUUGCUCGAUUGCCGCCACGGUCUCGUCCUUGUCGAAAACUCCAGUCAAGAUGAGGUUGUUGUGUGCAACCCCAUUACCGGCCACCAGCACUGCUUGGCUGUUCCGUCCGAGUUAAGGAUGGGCCACCUCGGAGGGGCGGUGCUCUGCGCUGCGGGUGACCAUGGCCACGUCCAGGGCGGCUGCCACCGGAACCCCUUCAAGGUGGUGUUGGUGUCCACGGCUAGAAGUGCUAAUCAACCCCUCGCUUGUGUUUACUCUUCGGAGACUGCCAUAUGGGGCAAUGUCAUCUCAGUAGAGGCUACAUGUCAGUUUUUCUAUGUCGGUGUUCCUCCGACACUUAUCGGUAGUGCGCUCUACUGGUUGUCCACGAGUGAUGCCAUGCUUAAAUUUGAUUUGGAUGAGCACAUCCCAGCUGUGAUUAGUGUGCCUCCCUUUACAGAUGAUAUCCACUAUCGAAACUGUCGGAUCAUCCAGGCUGAGGAUGGCGCUAUUGGCUUCGCCAUGUUGUCUUAUCCUUGCUUCCAAAUGUGGCAGAGGAACGUCAAUGGUCAUGGUGUUGCCACAUGGCUGCCUUCGAAGACCAUUGACAUGCAUGCAGUUCUAGGACUCCCUUCUCUAGUGUCGGGAUGGCUGCUGGGGCAUGAUGAGGAUGCUGAUGAAAUUUUUGUAUAUGUGGGAACCAAUGUCUAUGGGGUUCAACUUAAGUUGAUGCAGUCCAGGAAACUUCAUGAAUCCAGUUGUCUCAAUCCCCGCUAUCCUUUCAAGAGUUUCUAUACACCAGCGAUUCACGAAGGUGACGAAGCUGACAUGUUGCACGAUCCAUAGGACGACUAUGUCUGGUUUGGUGUGCUAAUGUGCUGAAAGGGUUCUGAAGGUGAAGGGAUGGCUGCUGCGGUUCUCGACGAGUGCGGUCGGCAGUGUUAACAUGUUAUCUGCAUUCUUUUUUUUAACCCUAGACUAAGCCUAUCAUGUGAAUACGUGAUGAUGUCUUUCUUGAAUAUUUGUCCCUUCCAGUUUUUUGCCUACUGUGUGUGAUAUUUUUUCAAGUGAUGCUGGGCAUUCCUUUUGGGUUGAUGAUGUACACUAGGGUACCUGUGCAGCCAGUUAAUUCGCUUCUGUAGCCCAUGUAAGAUAGUUGGUGACUAUGGUUUGGGUACACUGAAUGAAUACUGACGAGGAGCCCUGUUUCUUCAGUCGGGUAAUAAGAGUACGCAGUGGUCCUACUGAUACGAUUUAGGAUUAUGAACUCUCAGCAUUCAAUCGCCUAAGCUGUAACAACUUAACUUAUUGAUGUCCCAAGCAUAUUGGUUCUCCAUGUCCAAGAUGAUUCAUGAACAUUUGUGGUCCGUUUCUCGUCUUGGCAAAGUGUAAAUGUGUGGAUAUAUUUGGCUAGUGAGCCAGCAUAUUGGAUGGUGGCUAGGUUGCACCGUUGAUUCAACUCCUCAAACAGUUUGAAUAGGAGUAGUACUUUUUUUUC